GCGGUCCAGCCUUAAAAGGAGCCUGGUAGAGCCCAGGGGAACUGGUGUCUCCUGUCUGCGGCUCUGCACCCAUCAGACUCACGCCAGUGCGGUGGGUAGGGGUGUUGGUGGAGUCCCUGCCUGCACCUGUGUGGCACCUGGGCCCGUAAGGCCUGGAGUGAGCCCAGAUCAUCUCCACCCUGGGAGCCUGUGGUGGGCAGAGACCUCCCUCCGAACAUGGACCGAGUUACCAGAUAUCCCAUCUUCGGCAUCCCUCACUCAUCCCGCAUGGCCGGUGCGGCCUUUGAUGGUGACACCAGCUACACAUUUGAGCUGGUGGGCGUGGGGCCCAUGGCCAGUGUCUGGAGCCAGGACGAGACACCAGCAUGGCCCACUGACCACGAAGCCUCCCUGGAAAUGACACGGACUGGGACGUCCCGCAGCCUGCAUGUCUUCCCUGGCCAGACAGCCCCAUGGCCACCCUGCCCCCAGGAUAAUGAGGAUGAGGAGAUGAAGGUCUACCACCUGGAAGCCAGGGACACCCCACCCUGGCAGCCACAGAACCUGGAGUGGGAGCACCAGGCAGUCAUUCAGGGCCAGGCCGUCAGGAAGAGUGGCACAGUGGCCACGCUCCAUGGUGCCCCUGACCGCAGGGAGCCCGGGGGCCCCAGCCAACCACAGUCCAUGCCCCUGGAGGAGAACGAGAUAGACAGGGAGCAGAUCGACUUCCUGGCAGCCAGGCAGCAGUUCCUGAACCUGGAGCAGGCGAACCCCCAACCUGGAGCAGCCCACACCAAUGCAAGUGUUCUCCGGAGCCCCCAAUCCAGGGUGGCCCAUGCAAAAACAGGGGUCUCUCGAAACGCCCCACCUGGGGUGGCCCACAUGAAUCCAGAGGUUCCUCAGAGCCCCCAACCUAAAGUGGCCCAUGUAAAUACAGUGGCCUCUCAGAGUUCCCCACCCGGGACCAGUCAGGCCUCUAAGGCCCUUAGCAGGCCACCCCUGGCCAAUGGGUAUGUCCUCCCAGUCAAACCCCAGGUGAAGGAGGUGGUCACAGAAGAGAAGAGGGUUCACCCUUUGCCCACCAGGUCUGUUGCCCAAGCCCUGCAGGACCCCAGUUCCUGGUCCAGAGAAAAGUCCCCAGAGCCCCUCAAGGAGACGCCCAUUGAGCGGGAGAUCCGACUGGCACAGGAGCGAGAGGCAGACCUCCGAGAGCAGAGGGGGCUUCAGCGGGCAGCCAGCCACCAGGAGCUGGUGGAGAUCCCAGCCAGGCUCCUGCUGAGCAAGGUGAGCCUGGCUGCAGCACCACGGCGGGACAGGGGCCGUCCAUCACUCUACGUACAGCGGGACAUUGCUCAGGAAUCACGGCGUGAGGAGGAUCACCGGCGGGAGGGGCUGCAGGCGGGCCGGGCAUCCACACCUGACUGGUCCUCCGAAGGACCCCAGCCCAGACUCCGAAGAGUCCACAGCUCAGACUCCAUCCUCAGCCCAAUCCCUGAUGCCCAUGCUGCCAGCCCGGCCCCAGAGGUGAGGAAGGUGAGCCGUAUCCCACCUGAUGCCUACCAACCGUACCUGAGGCCUGGGAUGCCCCCAGGAGAGUCCCCUGCCUCCCACGCCUACUGCAGGCCCAGCAACCUCUCAGCAGAUGAAGCCAGGCCAAUGGGCUCUCCCAAAGCCGCAGGGUCUCAGAGACGUCCCUCAGAAUCCUCUGCAAAACCCUCAGGCAUGAAGCAGGAGCCCCCCCGGGGACCCCUGCAUGCCAGCAGGGGUGUCCUGAGACAGGAGUACUUCCAUCUGCGGCCCCUGCGGUUCAGAGUCCCGGAUGAACCUGAGAGACCUGAGGCCCCCCGAGUUUGGGGCUGGGAGGUGGCAGGGGCCCCAGCACUGAGGCUACAGAAGUCCCAGUCAUCUGAGCUGCUGGAGAGGGAAGUGGAGAAUGUCCUGCGACGGGAGCGGGAGAUGGCUGAGGAGCGGCGGAGUGCUCUAUACCCUGAGGUCUUCUCGGAUGAGUGCUAUGACCACGACUCUCGGAGCUCCUCCCGCACAUCCAGCAUCACAGGCAGCUACUCAGUGUCUGAGUCACACUAUUUCACCCCCAUCCACCUGCACUCGGACCUGGUGUGGACGGUGGAGGCCCCAGCUGAGGAUGCUCUCCAGCAGAGAAAGAAGAAGGAACAGUGGUAUGCCGGCAUCAAUCCUUUGGAUGACGUCAACUCAGAGAUUCUAGAAGCCACACGGGUGACCCGACACAGGAAUGCCAUGGCAGAGCGCUGGGAAGCCGGGAUCUACGCCAGCGAGGAUGAGGACUGAGCCUGGGCCGGCGCUGCCAUCGCCCUGGGGAGCUGCUGAGUCCCUGCCUUAGGACCUAGAUCCCCGUUUAAACCCACACCCGAGACCUACAUGUCUCCUGCUGACAGUCCCAAGGGUGGAUGCAUUUGUGGGGUGUGGGGUUUCUUUCCCAUUUUCAUUUUCCUGGAGAAAUUGCUGUGCUUUGGGAUGACUCCUUCUGCUCCUGUGACUUUGUCAAACGCUCUUGAAUUCCGGGAGGAAAGAGACAAGUCCCCUCA